ACCGUGACGCAAACUUAAGCGCUUAGCAUGACACCGUGGCUUCAGACGAUCGUUUUGUGAACAAACGGUCAAGAUUCUGUUAUCUCUCCAGAUCGGAGCAUCAAUGUCAAUAUCAAUAAGCUCUUGAUACGACGGCUGCUGUUGCUCGAGCCGAGUAGCGAUGGGUAGUAAAUACAGUCCAGGAAAAAUCACCCUGGGAAUGAUAAAAGGCAAACCGAUUACCACAUCAGUGCCAGUAAUCCACUACCGAGCCAAUGACGACGAAUUGGAAGAGCUCUAUCCGAGUUCCUCUGAUGAUGAAAAGCGUCUUACGCCUGAGUUUGAUAAGAAGAUACCGUCGAGCCCCUCCAAGAGCAGCGUGAAUGGCCAAGGAUUGGAAAAUGACGCAGAGAAACGGUCCAUUGAGGAUAACGCGUUGGAAGGUACCUCUCGAUCUUCAGAUCCAUGGAAAGUACUGUCCGAAAUUAAGGGAAAGAUCACGAAAACUUUUGAGGAGAAGAUUUCUGAGAUGAAGAGCGACAGGAAGAAGAGAAAACGUAAUAAGGAUAAUUCCAGUGUUAGCGACUCAGAAGAGACUCUGGGAGAUAUCACUCCGACUGAUGAGAACAUUAACGACAAGCAAGAAAAGGAACUUGCUCGUAAUAAGGGUAAUACCUCGAGAUUUGUAGGUUUCUCACAGGUAAGAACUGGCCUGAAAACGAGAAACUCUCAAGACGACAGUGUGGAAAGUGGUGUAGAAGCCGCUGAGUUCUCAGAUCUUGUUCCUGAACCACUUCCUUUUGAAUCACAAGAUGAUUUUCACGUCGAGGACAAGGAAAAUGAUAUCACAUGCAAUUUUUUUAAUCAGUCGGAUGGAUACGUACAAACAAAAGAAGUAAAAUUCAGUACGUUUCUCUUCCAUAUAAAAGAUUAUGUCUUUCAACAAUUGACAAAACAGUUAGCUGCGCUGCUGGUUCUUAUGCUUGCUUUCUGCUAUCUCAUUCCAUUGCCUGCCCACUUGAUUGGUUUUUCUAUGGGAGUCUUCGUCACGAUAGUGAUGUACAAGCUGGUGCAGAGGAUCAAAGAAAUUUUACAGACGCCGUUAAAUAAAGAAUCUGCACAUGUAGUACUGGAAAUACCGGCAGCAGAGGAGCAUGCAGUCCAAGAAAGAUACGAAGGAUGGUUAAACGAAUUGCCAUAUACGUACGAUCCUCACAAUUAUCAUGUAGCACGUACAAAGUCGGUUUUCUUCAGUCUAGAAGGUGGAAUGCUGCGCGUUUCGGAGACCAGAAUGAAAGUACCAAAGAGAGCAGUUUGGGAUGAGCCAAAACGAAAAUAUAAGUUUACUAGAAAACGCGAGUACAAUCUUAAUGGUGCAAAAAUAGAGUUGCUACCAGAAGGACUCACUCGGACGAGGAGAUGGAGUAAGAAAUAUCCUAUUUGUAUCACGAUGGACCAAGGAGCACUGGUAAAUAGCACAAGUCUGAACGACUGGACAGAUCUCGGAAAGGAAACCCUCGAGGAUGAAAAGAAAAUUGUCCAAGCAGAAGGAGUCAGUCAGGAAGUCAAUGAAAGUACUUUCGGUGAAGAAACCAAAAGUGAGGAUGAAGACUCUAGAUUGGAAUAUUUUAAAGAUAAUGAGGAGGAUGAAUUCAAGAUUGAUGAUGAUGAAGAUGACGAUGAUUUUUCACAAUCCAAGUCCAUUAGGAGUAUUUACGAGGAUUGCCGUGACAACGAAGAGACUAGCAAGUGUAAACUUUAUGUGUUUGCACGUGCCGACCGAGAGAAGGAAGACUGGUUUCGUAGAUUGGUAUCAGCGGCGUCUUUUUCAAAAAAACGACAUUCAAUUUGUUCCAUAAAUGAUUCUGUAUCCAGCGUAAAUACAAUCUCUGCACAAUUGGAUAUGGCAGAAACAAAGUCACUAGAGACGUCUCCCGAAGUCACUUACAGUACCUAUAUGAACAAGUACCUGAACGUGGAUCCUGAGGGUUCUCCAAGGGAGAGCGAUGUCCUUUGGGCAAAUUGUCUUUUGGGACGGAUAUUGUUCGAUAUGCAUAGUUGUCCAGAAGCUAUUAAUCUUAUUCAAGAUAGAAUACAACGUAAACUAUCUAACAUAAAACUUCCAUACUUCAUGGAGAGUCUCCAUGUAACAGAAAUAGUAAUCGGACAAGACGCUCCGAUAAUUCAUAAUGUCUCUAAGCCCGCACUUGACGAGCGAGGUCUCUGGUUUGAUUUGAACAUUACUUAUAAAGGCAGCAUAACGAUGACUGUAGAGACAAAGUUGAAUUUAAUGAAGCUAACACGUGCGAGUAGUGUUCCCAGUGAUAUUGUUGACGAGAAGUCUGUUCCUACUAGAUCACCAAUAUUCGAUAGUGAUGUAGAAGAUAGUCCAGAGACGUCCACCGAAGAUGAAGAUAUAGGAAGCAUCGCAUCGAGUGUCGCAUCUAAAGAAACCACACCAGUACAAUCUUCUGGUAAGAAGUUUCUUAGUAUGGUCGACAAACUUACAGCCAAUAAAUAUUUCCGACACGCUACAGAAUUGUCAUACAUACGGAGGGCGAUGGAGGGUGUUUCUAACACGGAGAUCCGUUUUAUGGUUAACGUGUCCGGCAUCGAGGGCUGUCUCUUACUAAAUAUCCCUCCGCCGCCCUCUGACCGGCUCUGGUAUGGUUUCAAAUCAAAGCCGAAGAUCGCUCUCACUGUGCAACCAACUCUCGGCGAAAGGACUGUCAACAUUGUAUACGUGAGCAAUUGGAUCGAGAAUAAGUUGCUCAGGGAGUUCGAGAAACUAGUCGUUCUACCAAAUAUGGACGAUCUGGUCCUGCCACUCUGCCCAAAUUAUCCUUUUACCACAACGUAAACGAAUCUUGCGC